AUGGCUGCCCAGGAACUCCUCCGACGAGACGAUAUCGGCGUACGCGAGCGACAGAAAGGAAUCACGCUGUCGAUGCCUCAAGGUUCUGAUGCCACUGAAAAUCAUGUGAUCUGCGAGCUUGCGCUUGGAACGCUAGACUCAAAUAGGGAAACAUGGUCCCGAGGUCGACGAUAUUCUAAGGGUUUCAAUCGGGGUUAA